AUGGCUGAAUUCGUUAAACUCUCAAUCUUCGGUACCGUAUUCGAGGUCACCACUAGAUACAUUGAUCUCCAACCUGUAGGAAUGGGUGCCUUUGGACUUGUCUGCUCAUCCAAAGAUCAGCUGACCGGAACAAGUGUUGCAAUUAAGAAGAUCAUGAAGCCAUUCUCUGCCCCAGUAUUGGCCAAACGUACCUACAGAGAACUCAAGCUCUUGAAGGCACUUAGACACGAAAAUAUCAUCAGUUUGAGUGAUAUCUUUAUUUCUCCCCUUGAAGACAUCUAUUUCGUUACAGAAUUACUAGGAACAGAUCUUCACAGACUUUUGCAGUCUCGUCCUCUUGAGAAACAAUUCAUUCAAUACUUUUUGUAUCAAAUAUUGAGAGGUCUCAAAUACGUACAUUCAGCUGGUGUUAUUCAUCGUGACUUGAAACCUAGCAACAUCUUGAUCAAUGAGAAUUGUGAUUUGAAGAUUUGUGAUUUCGGUCUUGCUCGUAUCCAAGAUCCUCAGAUGACAGGCUAUGUCUCUACGCGUUAUUACCGUGCACCCGAGAUUAUGCUCACCUGGCAGAAAUAUGACGUCGCAGUCGAUAUCUGGAGUACAGGCUGCAUCUUUGCAGAGAUGCUCGAAGGAAAGCCCCUCUUCCCCGGAAAAGAUCACGUUCAUCAAUUCUCUAUUAUUACUGAAUUGCUUGGUACACCUCCUGAUGAUGUUAUUUCUACUAUCUGUAGUGCAAAUACCCUUCGCUUUGUGAAUAAUUUGCCAAAACGGGAGCCUGUCCCAUUUAGCCAGAGAUUUGCAGGACAAGACCCCGAGGCUAUUGACUUGUUGGAAAAGAUGCUUAUGUUUGAUCCUCGUAAACGUAUUACUGCUACCGAAGCUUUGUCACAUCCUUACCUUGCACCCUACCAUGAUCCUUCCGAUGAACCUGCUGCACCCGAGAAGUUCGAUUGGUCAUUCAAUGAAGCAGAUUUGCCAGUAGAUACAUGGAAAGUCAUGAUGUACUCUGAGAUUCUUGACUUCCACAACGUAGACAAUGUUGAUGGUUCUCAGUACUUGGGAACUCCCUUGGCAGGACCUGUAGAUGGACAGGACACAGCAUACCAACAAUAA